CUGUUGACUUCCUGUGAAGAAGUCAUGGUGGUGAUGAUAGUGUGGUGCAACGUAAACAACAUUCAGUGACCUGUCGAGAUUAAAUGCCCCAAUAGUCAACGAAAGGAAAUGAAUACUGGCUAAGAGAUAGCCACAGUCGAAAAUGAUUUUAAGGAUAUGAGCACCUAAGUUUUAUUUUUAAAUGUAUAUAGAUGUACAUGAAGCACUGCAUUGAGUUUUGAAAUUUUUACAUAACACUUCUUUUACUUGAUUUUAACAUAAUUUUUGCAAGGUUUAGACUUUGAAAAGAGCAACUAAAAUCUUUUGAGUUGUAAAAUUAUUUGAAAAAAUUCUUAAAAAAGCACUUUGAAAUAUUAUUACUUUAAUCAAACAUCAUGGCUGCUGCUAUGGAUUUUGAAGGGUUCUCUAACCCCGAUAUGGAAAAUGGAGGAAGCAAUCUCUUCAGUCCAGACAAUGAUGAGUUUGAUGUUGAAAUGUCUUCGUUACUAUCAAAGAAUGCAUUGGUGAGUCCAAAUAAUGAAGAAUAUGAAUACCUUGUUGAGGUGAUUAAAACACGUGCAGAUGAAGGCCAAGGAGAGACAAUCUAUGAAGUUGGAACUGGAGAGGGAGAUAAGCCCGGCCUUAAAGAUGAGGAUAUGAAGGCAUCAAUAGCAACUCUCACAAGUAUCUGCGAGUCUUUAGAUUUACAAUGUGUUCAGCUUCGAGAAAGAACAGCAGAAGAGGGUAAAGUCUGUGAAUAUCUACUGCGAAGAAAACUUGAAUCCCAAGAUUUUAUGGAAAUUAGAGUGGCAGUUGUAGGAAAUGUAGAUGCUGGAAAGAGUACAUUACUAGGUGUACUAACACAUGGAGAUUUAGAUAAUGGUCGAGGUAUUGCCAGGCAGAAAUUAUUCCGACAUAAACAUGAGAUGGAAACUGGUAGAACAAGUAGUGUAGGAAAUGAUAUUCUUGGAUUUGAUUCUUCCGGAAAUGUUGUAAAUAAACCCGAUCAUGGACAUCUGGAUUGGAUUAAAAUUUGUGAAGCUUCAGCAAAGGUUGUAACAUUCAUUGAUUUGGCUGGUCAUGAAAAAUAUUUAAAAACAACAGUUUUCGGAAUGACUGGUCAUGCGCCUGACUUUGCUAUGUUAAUGGUUGGUGCCAAUGCUGGUGUUAUUGGAAUGACAAAAGAACAUCUGGGUUUGGCUUUAGCCUUAAAUGUACCGGUAUUUGUUGUAGUUACUAAAAUAGACAUGUGUCCUGCUAAUGUUUUACAAGAUACUUUAAAAUUACUUCAAAGAAUUCUCAAAUCUCCAGGUUGUCGGAAAAUACCAGUCAUGGUAGCAACAACAGAUGAUGUUGUAUGCUCUGCGACCAAUUUUACAUCAGAGAGGAUGUGUCCAAUAUUCCAGGUUUCAAAUGUGACUGGAGAAAAUUUAGAUUUAUUAAAAAUGUUUCUUAAUUUAUUAUCUACAAGAGUGAAAUGCAACUUAAAUAAACCAGCAGAAUUUCAAAUAGAUGACACAUUUUCAGUACCGGGUGUAGGUACAGUUGUGUCGGGUACAUUAUUACAAGGUAUUGUUAGAUUAAAUGAUUCUUUACUCCUGGGGCCAGAUGCAUUAGGUCAGUUUAUGUCAAUGGUGAUAAAGAGUAUACAUCGAAAACGUAUGCCAGUCAAAGAAGUCAGAGGGGGUCAGACAGCAUCAUUUGCACUUAAAAAGAUAAAAAGAUCUGUUAUUAGAAAAGGUAUGGUAAUGGUUUCACCAAAACUAGACCCUAAAGCAUGUUGGGAAUUUGAAGGAGAAAUAUUAGUUCUACAUCACCCCACGACGAUAAGUGUUCGUUAUCAAGCCAUGGUUCAUGUAGGAAGUGUUCGUCAGACAGCAACAAUUCUUAAUAUGACCGAAGAACAUCUAAGAACGGGUGAUAAAGCUCAUGUUCGAUUCAGAUUCAUCAAAAACCCUGAAUAUCUGAAACCAGAUAUGAAAAUGGUGUUUCGAGAAGGUCGAACAAAAGCUGUUGGAACUGUUAUCAAGCUGUAUCCACACGUCAGUGCAGUAGCGCAAAAUACUCGUCAACAAAGGGCAGCCAAGAAAGCUCAAGAGCACAAACAUCAAGUAAACCCACAGAACGAACCCCAAAAACCAAGUAAGAGAAGCCGGAGAGUGCAGAAAGGCGAGUACAGGCCGUCAGAAGUUCAAACAAAUGGAGAUUUACAACCACCACCUGAUUCAACAGUUUCAAAACCUCCCACAUAAUAAACUGUGACUUGUCUUAUAAUAAAAUCAUUCAUAAUGCACACAUUUCAGAGCUCAUGUUGUUUCUUGUCCAAAUAACAUUCAGUUGGAUUUGUAUUGUUUUCUAGAAUGAUGAUUUCAGCUAAAAGAUUUUUUUUUUAAAUUUCAAAAUUGCUUGGCAAUACUCAGAAUUCAAAGAUAAAAUGAUAAAGAUCUUCUUAAAUUUCAUUGAGACAAUAAACUAAAGUGGUUCAUUCUGUGAAACAAUCAUUUCUAAUACUUGUUUUAGGUAUCGGUUUAUUUAAAUCUGUGAAUUCAUUUUUACCUUCUUGUCUCAUUCUUAUUUAUUUUUAUUGAGAGAAAAACCAACAGUGUUUCACAUCUGUUCCUUAUCAUGAUUUAUAUGUAGACUUUUAUGGUUGGUUUUUAUUUUUAUUACAGAUGACAAAAAAAAGGAGUUUUUAUUUAGUUUUAUUUUUCUUUCCAUGUGUUGCAUUUGUAUAUCUAUUUAUCCAAUUACCUACUGUCCCGGGUGUCUGUUCAGUUCAUAAAUACUGGUUAUUUUCUUCAUGAGGGUGAAUUUGUGAAACAAUUCUUAAGUCAUUUUGUCUGCUGUAGAUUCUUAUAAACCAAAUUAGAUCAUAAUUUGUAUGAAACUUUGAUCUUUGAAUGUUUAUAUGUCAUUAGAACUCAUGUUGGUUCAAAAUGUCUAUAUUUUGUAUUGAUUUUCAUUAAUAACCAUGCUUAACACAACUGUGGUUUUACAGCCAGUUAAGACAGAAAAUGCAUUGAAAAAGACACUUAAAGACUAGUCACUGUGCUCUCUGGAACAUUACCGGUAUUACAAAUUCCGGUGUGAGUUAAAUUUUACUGAAAAAAGAAGAUUAUCCAUUUUUUGUUACUAAAUUUAAAAGAAAUUAAA